AUGCAUUCCAGAAGAUCCCGGUCUUCCGUUUCCAUCUCGCAACAGAGAAUGAUGUCACGCUCCAUGGUGGGGCUCUCGCUAGAACAGCAGAAGAUGCUGUACUACGUGGGCGUGGAUGUCGGAACAGGCUCUGCCAGAGCCUGUAUCAUCGACAGCAUGGGUAACAUCCUGUCGCUGGCCGAGAGACCCAUCCAGCGCGAGCAGCUCAAGGCCAACUUCAUCACACAGUCGUCGCAGGAGAUUUGGCAAGCAGUGUGCCACUGUGUCAAGUCUGUGGUGCGUGACUCCGGCGUCCCAGCCGAGAAGAUCCACGGUAUUGGUUUCGACGCGACGUGCUCGCUGGUGGUUGUCGAGGAGCAGACCAACAAGGAGGUUGCUGUGGGACCCGACUUCAGCAACACUGACCAGAACAUCAUCCUGUGGAUGGACCACCGUGCCAUUGAGGAGACCCAGCUGAUCAACGCGACGGGCGACAAGUGCCUGAAGUACGUCGGCGGUCAGAUGUCUGUGGAAAUGGAGAUCCCCAAGAUCAAGUGGCUUAAGAACCACCUGCCCGAGAACAAGUUCAACGAAUGCAAGUUCUUCGAUUUGGCAGACUACCUGACUUUUAAGGCCUCGGGCAAGGAAACCCGCAGUUUCUGCUCGACUGUCUGCAAGCAGGGCCUCUUGCCUGUGGGCGUCGAGGGCUCUGCCGAGGGUUGGUCCCGGGAGUUUUUGACCGAGAUCGGUCUGGAAGAGCUCAUCGAGGACGACUUCCGGAGAAUCGGAGGUUCUGUCAAGAACAGCGACAAGGGCAAAAACUUCUUGAGUGCUGGUGAAUUCAUCGGCGCCAUCGACGCGACCGUCGCGGAGGAACUAGGCCUCAGCAACCACUGUGUUGUUGGCUCUGGUGUGAUCGACGCCUACGCCGGCUGGGUGGGUACCGUUGCUGCCAGAACCGAUGUCAGCAUUCCAGCGCUUGUCAAGACCGACCAAGAAAAGGUCGGCAUGGACCGCGCAACUGGCCGUCUAGCGGCUGUUGCCGGUACCUCCACAUGUCAUAUUGCUAUGUCCCGCGACCCUAUAUUCGUUGAUGGUGUUUGGGGUCCUUACAGAGACGCUCUGGCGACCAACUUUUGGUGUGCCGAAGGUGGCCAAAGUUGCACCGGUGCUCUUCUGGCCCACGUUCUAACAACCCAUCCUGCAUACACAGAGCUUUCGCAGCUUGCUGACGCUGCCAGCGUUUCCAAGUUUGAUUACCUAAAUUCCAGACUCGAAACUCUAGCGCAACAGCAAAAGGCGCGCUCGGUCGUUCACUUGGCCAAGCACCUGUUCUUCUACGGUGACUACCAUGGUAACAGGUCUCCAAUCGCCGAUCCCUCCAUGCGCGCUGCCAUUAUCGGCCAGUCCAUGGACAAUUCCAUUGAUGACCUAGCGCUGAUGUACCUCGGCGCAUGUGAGUUCAUCGCUCAGCAAACCAGACAGAUCGUUGACAAGAUGUGCACAUCCGGCCAUGACCUGUCUGCGAUCUUCAUGUCAGGAGGACAGUGCCGUAACGGUCUGCUAAUGAGAUUGCUGGCUGACUGCACCGGACUACCAAUCGUCAUCCCCAGAUAUAUCGAUGCAGCAGUCGUUUUCGGCUCUGCAUUGCUGGGUGCCGUGGCCAGUGAGAGUUUCGACCUGAGCGGCACACAUUCCGCACUCUCCGUCAGCAGAAAGUCGUCGAUAGCCGGCGAGCCAGCCAACGCCGGGCAGCCAAAGAAGUCCGCAGUAUCCAAGUUCGGUCAGCUUGGCGGCGACGACUUGCCCUCUCCAUACACAGCACCAUCCGCCACUGCCAGCACCUCCCAGAUUGCUUCCACAAUUGGCUUCCCAUUCCCAACUCCUGAAGACGCGUACGCCAUAGACGAGCAUGUUGAGCAAGAAAAGGACGAAGGUGAGUCGACCGAGCUCAACUUCAAGGCGCACUCCAAGUGGAAGAAGGACAUGGAGGACCGCAUGAAGGGCAGAUCUUCUGACAACGGUGACGCCAUGUGGAACGUCAUGUACAACAUGACCGGUGGUGGUAAGGUCGUUCAGCCUGCUGCCGAGGAAAACGCGGACCGCGUUCUCCUCAACGCAAAGUACAAGAUUUUCCUAGACAUGGCCGAGACCCAAAGAAAGUACAGGACUAUAGUGGACGAUGCCGUUAGGAACUGA